AUGAGUAAGCUUCAAAGUGAUGCUGUGAGAGAAGCCAUCUCAGGAAUCAUGGGUGAUUCCAAGGACAAACAAAGGAAGUUUGUUGAAACGAUUGAGCUUCAAAUUGGGCUCAAGAACUACGAUCCUCAAAAGGACAAACGUUUCAGUGGAUCCGUCAAGUUGCCCCAUAUCCCUCGCCCCAAGAUGAAGAUUUGUAUGCUUGGAGAUGCCCAACACGUUGAAGAGGCAGAGAAAAUAGGUUUGGAGUCGAUGGAUGUUGAAGCUUUGAAGAAGCUCAACAAGAACAAGAAGUUGGUGAAGAAACUAGCCAAGAAGUACCAUGCCUUCUUAGCUUCUGAGGCAGUUAUUAAGCAGAUUCCCCGUCUUUUGGGUCCUGGUCUCAAUAAAGCAGGUAAGUUUCCAACACUUGUCUCCCACCAAGAAUCUCUUGAGGCAAAGGUUAAUGAGACCAAGGCUAUGGUCAAGUUUCAGCUUAAGAAGGUGCUCUGCAUGGGAGUAGCCGUUGGCAAUGUUAGCAUGGACGAGAAGCAAAUCUUUCAAAAUGUUCAACUUAGCGUUAACUUUUUGGUCUCUUUGUUGAAAAAGAAUUGGCAGAAUGUCCGUUGCUUGUAUCUGAAGAGUUCAAUGGGAAAAUCUUACCGUGUCUUUUAG